AUGGUUCUAGGUCGCCUGACUCACUACGCCUUCGAUGCGGUCCUCUUCUCAGCCUUCCUGGCCGGAGUCAAGAGAAGCACUGGUCUCACACCAACCAGUGUCAAGGCCUCCUCUAUCGGCGAGAACAAAGAAAUACAAACUUGGGUCGACCGGUAUCUAGGCGUUGGCGAAUGGGUCAUGGAUCAGUCCGUGGCCAUCAUGGGAAGCAGUGGCUUCUUCGAGCGAAGGAGAUGA